CAUCAGCUACUACCCAACCAUAACCUCCCUCCAUUCUCUCUCUAUAUAUAUAUAUAUAGUAGUGGAGUCUACAUAGUAGCAUAUACAAUUCUCUGUCAGACGGGAAAAAUGGAAGCAACCACAUUUGGCGUAGUUGUCACCACCAUCGUGGUAGCAGCAUCUGUGACAUGGGUGGCGAAGCUGCUGAACACGCUCUGGUUUCACCCUAGAAAGCUCGAGAAGCUUCUGCGACAACAAGGUUUUAUCGGGAAUCCUUACAGGUUGCUCCUGGGAGACAUGAAAGAUUACAUCAAGGCCGUCAAAGAAGAACAGCCUAGAUCCAUCCCACUGUCCGAUCAAAUCAUGCCUCACGUUUUCGCAUACGAGCAUCGGAUCAUCUCUAAAUACGGUCCGAAUAGUUUCUAUUGGUUGGGUCCAUCGCCGAGGCUCAACAUAACUGAUCCCGAGCUGAUAAAAGAUAUAGUAAGGAGAACUGGUGAAUUCGAGAAGCCGUCACCGGAAACAGGCAAGAUCCUCACCGGCGGCGGUAUUCUCUUUCAAGAGGGCCAAAAAUGGGUUAAACGCAGGAAGAUUGUCAACCAUGCUUUCCAUCUCGACAAGUUGAAAAAUAUGGUGCCAACAAUGGGAUUAAGUUGUUCCCACAUGAUUCAAAAGUUAAAGGGAGCGGUUGCUAAUAGUAGUAACCGAAGCCGCUGCGAAAUCGAUAUGUGGGCGUACCUUAAAGAUUUAACAGGCGAUGUGAUUUCAAGGACGGCGUUUGGCAACAGCUAUGAAGAAGCAAAACGGGUUUUUCAGCUCCAGAAUGAUAGAGUGGAGCUCGUCCUGCAAUUACUGCACUUUUCGUAUGUGCCGGGAUGGAGAUAUCUUCCGACAAAAUUAAACCGAAAGGUGAAAAGGCUGACGAGUGAGAUCAAAACAGUACUAAGAGGUGUGAUCGAGAAUAGGGCAAAGGCGAUGGAACGGGGAGACGAAAUCCCCAAAGAUGACUUGUUGAGCAUUCUAAUGGAGGCGAACACGAGAUUCACUGAAGAAGAUGGGAACGAGAAUGAAGGAAUGAGCAUUGAAGAUGUGAUAGAGGAGUGCCAGCUUUUCUACUUCGCAGGUUCAGAGACGGUUGCCAGUUUGCUGGCGUGGACAAUCCUGAUGUUGUGCACGCACCCUGAGUGGCAAACUCAAGCACGAGCAGAAAUCACUCGAGUUUUUGGCCAGUCAGAGCCAACUCCUCAAGGCCUCAAUCACCUCAAAACUGUGACGAUGAUCCUACAAGAAGUGCUAAGGAUGUACCCUCCAGCUCCGGUGAUUUUCCGAAGCCCUAAGGAGAGCGUGAAAAUAGGAAGUCUUACGAUUCCAGCGGGGGUGCAGUUGGCAAUGAUGAUAGGCCUUGUCCAUUAUGAUCCUCGAAUUUGGGGAGACGACGCGAAGGAGUUUAAGCCGCAGAGAUUCGCACAAGGAGUUUCCAACCAAGCAUCCUUGAUACCUUUCAGUUCGGGGCCGAGGAUUUGCAUCGGCCACAACUUCGCCAUGACUGAAGCCAAAAUAGUAAUCGCAAUGCUUCUGCAGCAUUUCUCAUUUGAGCUGUCUCCGUCUUAUAAACACGCUCCUUUCGCCAUUCUUAACUUGCAGCCGCAGUAUGGUGCUCCAAUAAUUUUACGUCAUCUUCACCAAUAGCCAUCACUUUAUCGUCUCAUAUAUAUAUUUCACUGCUUGGUUUUUCCCAUUCAAUAAGCAUUUUAUAAUAUGUCUUUAAAUUUAUUUUGAUUCUUAUGUACUCCUCUGUCCCACAAGAGUGUGCAUCACUUUUGGCGGCAUACGAAUGUACUCCCUCCGUCCCAAUAAUGAAGACACACUUCAUUGGGGCACGGAGAUUAAGGUAAGGUAGAUUAGAGACUUAAA